AAUACUCGCGAUGUGCUUUAAAUAGCAGGUGUGAGAAACGACUGUGUCCCUGCAUACACCCCUCAGAGACCACCGCCAUCAUCAGUGCCGCAAUGUCCACCGCCAGCGCCGAGACGACCGCACAGCUGCCCCCGGCCGCGGGAAGGGUGUUCUUUCAGCCCGGCGUGGUCUGCGCCGGUUCUGGACUGAUGCAGCGGGAUGACCCGGUGCCGAAAAAGCAGGGCAAAGUGACGGUGAAGUACGACAGAAAAGAGCUGCGGAAGAGACUCAUACUGGAGGAAUGGAUCAUUGAACAGCUGAGCGAUCUUUACGACUGCGAGGAAGAGGAAAUGCCAGAGCUGGAGAUAGACAUUGAUGAUCUCCUGGAGGUGAACAGUGAAGACGAGAGAGCCAUAAAACUACAGGAAUCAUUGGCAGACUGCUACAAGCCCACUGACGACUUCGUGCGUGAGCUCCUCGGCAGGAUAAGAGGAAUGAGAAAACUCAGUGCUCCGCAGAAGAAAAGCUUUUAAGUGCUCCAAAAUGUCAACGACAAUCCAGCGACCUGAACUACAGGUCCCACAAUCCAUCACUCAACGUAGAGUUGACCUCAUACAGCCCUCAAGGAUUCGCUAUCCCAGGAUUCAUUUCUGCUCCAGAAUCAAUAUACUAGUUCAUUUUGACUUUGUUCAGUACACCUAAAUUGAGUCAUCCAUUUCCCAUACAUCAGACAAUAAAUCCAAGAGUGCAAAGUUCAUCCGGGACAUGAUCAAAC